AUCGCCAUGAGUGGGGGUGGCGCUGAGCCCGUUUGCUGUUCUGCUACCUCCGUACCGGGUAGCAGACUACGCCAAGGACCUCGCUACGAAACUGGGCUGUCCAACAGACAGUUCUAGCACCAUGGUCGCCUGUCUGAGAGAAAAGCCAGCAGAACUCUUUUACACAACAUGGGUACAGGGCCCGCCGAUGAUUUCCGUGUGGGCGCCCCACCUGGACGGUCCCGGAGGGGUGAUCCCCGAACCCCCGGCACUGCUCCUGCGGGAGGGUCGCUUCUACAAGGUGCCGCUCAUGACAGGGACAGUUCCCCGGGAGAACAUCUACGAUGCUCCGAACGGAACCAGCCGUGAAACAUUCGUCAGUAGACUCCGGGCAUGGGUUCAGCGUUACCAUAGCAACAGGGACGCCAUGUUUGACGCCCUGCUGCAGGAAUACACCGACUGGGCACGACCGGACGACCCUGACGUCAUCUGGGACCUUGACCUUGAGAGACUGGCUAACUACGGGUACCAUGCGCCCACGGACGCGCUAGCUGCCGGGCACGCCGCCUCAGGAGCGGAUACUUACCUGUACUACUUCACACACCGGUCUGAGAACGAUCCACAUCCCCAAAGGUUUGGUGCUAUCCACACGGUGGACCUGCCGUUCCUGUUCGGCCCGCGCGGUAUUGAGCCCUACAGGCCCCCCGUCUACACAGAUGUGGACAAUACUGUCCGGGACAACAUGCUCACACUGUGGACCAACUUUGCACGGGAUGGGAACCCCACACCUUCUGCCGUUGCUGGGGUGAUAUGGGAGCAGUACCAGACCACAUCACGUCCUUAUUUGGAGAUAAACAGUUCACUCGUCCCCAGGAACUUCCUGUUCGCCAAGCGCAAUGCAUUUUGGAACGAAUAUUUUCCAAAACUGGUGAACGCAUCAAAGUGCGAAGAACCACAAGCAAGUGGAGCAUGUACACCUUUCUUUGGGGUAUAUACAAUGUUUUUCGAACUUGCCUUGUUUUUUGGCGCACUGUUUCUGUGUGAUAGGCUAAGGUAGGCUGGGCAAAAUUAUGUCAGACCAGUAGACACUUUGACAAAGAAAUGACCUACAUUUUUGUACAACUUACUGGAACACUUUGUUGUGCUGCCCUAGCUACAAUACUAUUUUAGUAAAAUCGACGAUUUACCCAUUUACCCUAUAAUCAUUAACUAGAUUACCAGGCAUCUACCGGUUAGGAUAUUGCGUUUUUUGUCCACUUUAGUUCGUGCCAUCCUCUCAGUUUCAGACACAGAAAUGAGCUUUAAUUAAGUAGAGAGGAAAUCUUCCGUUUUGUGCUGUAAUAAAACUACUAGCAUGUUCUGAACAAGACACGAACGCUAAAAACAAAGCUGUUGAACCAUCAAGAAAAGCUAUUUCCAAAAGCAGAUGUCUGAGAUGUAAGCCACUGUGGUUAAAUAGCGUGGAAUUAUCACAAUGUUUUAGAAACUUUAUACCUAAAGACGUUAACAAUAGACAGAUACACACCACGUAAGAAAAAACGACUGUUAAACAAACUUAACUCAUCAGAAUCUUUCAGAACGCAGCAUCGCUGAAUGUGGUGUGGUAAAAAGAACUGAGAGUGACAUCAACAUUUCUUUAAUGUAUAUACUACUUGUUGCUAUUAUAUGAUCUAUAUUACUAACAGAAUGCUAAAAAAUCAGGAUGUACAUGUAUUCAAACAUUUAGGCUUGUUUGACAUUAAAGAAAAAGAUAAUGAA